AUGAGUGUAAUUCAAUAUGUGGUCAUAGCUUCAAACGCCCCAAAAAAGUUGCAAAUUGGGGUUAAAAAGCGACCCGCUGAAUGCCCUAUCAGAAGUAAAAAAGGUGACCUCCUUCACAUGCAUUAUACUGGUACAUUGGAAGAUGGUACAGAAUUUGAUAGCUCAGUCUCAAGAGGUAAUCCACUUACAUUUAAUCUUGGAGCAGGUCAAGUUAUUAAAGGCUGGGAUCAAGGUUUACUUGGUAUGUGUGAAGGGGAACAAAGGAAAUUAGUAAUUCCACCAGAAUUAGCCUAUGGGGAGGCUGGAGCUCCACCCAAGAUACCAAAGUCUGCUACUCUUACAUUCCAUGUAGAUCUUGUCAAAAUAGAAAGAAGAGAUGAAUUG